AAUCACUCCAAACCCAACUGCAAUUUGCUCAGGAAGUUCAUCAUCUUCAUCACUGAGCUCAGAAAAAUGGAGGGGAAGGAAGAGGAUGUGAGGUUGGGGGCCAACAAGUUUGCAGAGAGGCAACCGAUAGGGACAUCAGCACAGACAGACAAGGACUAUAGGGAGCCUCCACCAGCUCCACUGUUUGAGCCUGGUGAGCUUCAUUCAUGGUCGUUUUGGAGAGCUGGGAUUGCCGAGUUCAUGGCCACCUUCAUCUUCCUCUACAUCAUCAUCUCGACUAUUAUCGGUGUUGUCAAGUCCCCCAACAAGUGUGCUACUGUUGGUUUUCAGGGUAUUGCUUGGGCUUGUGGGGGUAUGAUCUUCGUUCUUGUCUACUGCACUGCUGGUAUCUCAGGAGGGCACAUAAACCCAGCGGUGACAUUUGGGCUGCUCUUGGCAAGAAAGCUGUCCCUAACCCGAGCCGUGUUCUACAUGAUCAUGCAGUGCCUGGGUGCCAUCUGUGGCGCAGGUAUGGUGAAGUGGUUCCAGAGACAUGACUUUGAGACGCUGGGUGGUGGAAUCAAUGCUGUGGCUUCUGGCUACUCCAAGCUUGCUGGGCUUGGUGCUGAGAUAGUUGGCACUUUUGUUCUUGUCUACACUGUUCUCUCUGCAACUGAUGCCAAGAGAAAUGCCAGAGACUCACAUGUUCCAAUUCUGGCUCCUCUCCCGAUUGGGUUUGCAGUGUUCUUGGUUCAUCUCGCAACCAUCCCUAUCACCGGAACCGGCAUCAACCCUGCUAGGAGUCUCGGGGCUGCCAUCAUCUACAACAGGGGGAAUGCCUGGGAUGACAUGUGGAUUUUCUGGGUUGGACCCUUCAUUGGAGCUACUCUGGCUACCUUGUACCACCAGAUAGUCAUCAGGGCUAUCCCAUUCAAGACCAGAGCCUGAGAAAUUCUUCCCCAGUUUCUGUUUCUUCUUUUAUUUUCUGCUUCCAUCUUCUUCUUCUUCUUCUUCUCUUCUGACUUGAGAUCAGAAUUGAGGUGGGGUGGUGUUUAUCAUAUCAUGUGUAUAAGUUAUCUGGGAUGCUUCUAUUACAAAGGCAGCUGCUGAAUGAAUGGAAGCUUCAUAAUAUCGAUUUCAAGGGUA